GAAAACGAAUGAUACAUGUAUAAGCGCAUCGUCUAAGCAAAUAAACUUUGGCUGAUUCUCUCCCACUACAUAAUUUUUUAAUCUAUGAGUUUUGCUUCAAAAUAGUCAUUCAAAAUGUCAUCUCACACCGCAACUAACGGGGUCAUAAAACCCGAAGAACCUAAGUUAAAUAGAGCAGAUGAAGUUGAGGAUCUGCUUAACGCAGUGAAAUCUCUCAUCCUACCAUUAAUCCGAGACGCAGAUAAUGCCGCUUCAUCUCGAGCCAAUGGAUAUAUAGCCACCGACACUCAAGGUACACCAGGUCGAAAUGUCUUAGUCAACUCUCAUAAACCAGAGGACCUAGUGAAAAAGCUGGGAAUAUCAAUGCCCGAUGAUGGGGUAGGGAAGGAGGGAUUACUAGAUAUUAUUCAAACUAUCCUACGUUACAGCGUGAAUACAUGGGAUCAGGGGUUUAUGGACAAGUUAUACUCAAGCAUCAACCCAGUUGGCGUAAUAUCCGAUCUCGUUCUCACAGUACUAAACACCAACGUACACGUCUUCAAAACAUCACCAGCACUUACCAUCAUCGAGAAGACAACGGCUCGCAAGCUUGCUAACCUAUUCGGCUUUACUGGACCUAGGGCCGGUGGUGUCACUUGUCCCGGUGGCAGCGCCUCGAACUUAACCUCUCUCGUCAUCGCGCGCAACACUCUCUUUCCCGAGACAAAGACCGCUGGCAACGCACCAUUUCGCUUUGCCCUUUUCACUAGCGAGCAUGGUCACUACUCUGUAGAGAAGGCGGCUGCGGUAUGUGGUAUCGGAUCCGAUAGUGUAGUCAAAGUGUCCGUCGAUGCUGCCGGCCAGAUAAUUCCAUCCGCUCUGCGCGCUGCCAUCUUGCGCGCCAAGGAAGAUGGUAGGACGCCGCUGUAUAUCAACGCUACAGCUGGCACGACAGUAUGGGGAUCUUACGACCCGUUCGCCGCUAUCGCAGCCAUCCGCGACGAAUUCGGGUUAUGGCUACACAUCGACGGGUCCUGGGGUGGCCCCGCCAUCUUCUCCUCAACGCGCCGACACAAGCUCCAGGGCGCGGGACAAGCCAACUCGCUCACUGUUAAUCCGCACAAAAUGCUCAACGUGCCCGUCCCCUGCUCAUUCCUCCUCACAUCAGACGUCAACGUGUUCCAACGCGCCAACACCCUGCGAGCUGGGUACCUGUUCCACGAAAAAGGUGGCGAGGAUGAAAUAUGGGACCUAGCUGACCUAACACUACAAUGCGGACGCCGCGGCGAGUCGCUAAAUCUCGCGCUGGCGUGGAUAUACUACGGUUCCAAGGGUUUUGAGCAACGUGUCGACCAUGCGUUUGCGACGGCCGCGUACUUAGCUACGCUUAUCCAGGAAGCAGGCGAUUUCGUGUUGCUUUCGAGUAAUCCGCCGCCGUGUCUGCAGGUGUGCUUUUACUAUGCGCCUGGUGGUGUGCUGCCAGAUGAUAAGGAGGAGAACACACGUAGGACGAAGGAGACGGUAGGCAAAUUGGUGCAGAGAGGUUUCAUGGUGGAUUAUGCGCCGGGUGAGAAGGGGAGUUUCUUCAGAGUGGUAGUGAACUGCCAGACCCUCAGGUCGACAGUGGAGGGGCUCGUGAAGGCUUUGAGGGAGGUGGGGAAGGAGGUUGUACCUUCGUAGAGGUGUGAUAUACGGGCGGUUGAUGAUGGAUGGUGGCUCCUCUAGUGACAAAACGCUCUAAAUUCGAGGUUGUGGGAUGAUAUGCAUUGAUCGCGAGUAUCAUUAUAUCUCGUAUUGCUAGAUUCGUGUAUUAGAUCCCUAAUACAUUAGUUAUUAUCAUUACCUUUAUUCACUUCUUCCUAGAAGUAUUCCACACUGGAAGUGUUCCGUCGCUCAAGACCUAACACUCUUCAUUCUGAGAACGUAGUGAAUACACGGCGGAAAUAUUCCGCUCAGU